UGGGAAGAAGCUUCUUUCAACUCAAAUGGCUGCGAACAUUUCUCGGCGCGAACCCGACAUAGGUCCAUCCAUUCCAAGAUUCCACCAAGGAGAAUCUUCCUUUUCAUUAUGGAAAUCCCAUAUAAACCUCUCUUCAAUGCAAAAGAAACACAACCAUUUCCCCUUUUCCCAUCACUUCAUCGGGUCCCGCUCGAUGAUCAGGCGGGUGGGGGCAGUCAGAAGCUGAUUUUGAUCGAUGGAUGGCGGUACGGGAUCUGCUGAUUUCUCCAGGCUUCACCGACCGGAACUGCCUGGAAACGUCACAGAUGAUUACUGCUACGUCGAUAUAGCUCUGCACUCCCCCGGCAUCUGGGAGACCAAUGGCAGCAGAAACUUCCUACAGUUCGCCUUGCCCCGCCUACAGCUUCAAUUGGCUAUCAUUUUCAUUCUCACCCAAUCCCUCCAUCUCUUGCUCCGCCGAUUCCAUUUGCCUCGUCUUGUUUCCGAGAUCCUGGCUGGAAUCAUAUUGGGACCAACUAUACUAGGACAGCUGCCAAAAGUUCAAGUAGCAUUGUUCCCACGAGAAGGAGAUGUCUAUUUGGACUUGCUGUCAAAAAUUGGCUACAUUUUCUUUAUUUUCCUCUGUGGUGUGAAGAUGGAUCCCAGAACAGUGCUAAGGACUGGUAUCAAAGCAUGGACAAUAGGAGUUCUUGCUGUCACAAUUCCAGUUAGUAGUGGUUUGGUAUUAAAUCUAUUCUACCAAAGCCGUAUACACAAGUAUCGGUGGCCGGCUUACAAAAAUAUAGUUGGGAUUCAGAACUUAUUCCCUUUUCCUGUGAUUGCGUCCAUGCUUGUGGACCUUAAAAUCAUGAACUCUGAGCUUGGCCGCCUUGCUCUGGCAUCAGCCCUGAUCAGUGAUUUAGUUAGCAACCUCACCAGCACUAUCAUUACUUAUGGGAGAAUUGGUCAAAUGGGCUUUGCAAAUAUUAUCAUGAUUCACUCCACCCUUUUAACAGUCAGCUUGCUUUUAUUUAUCUUUUUUGUGGGGCGGCCACUCUGCCUAUGGAUCAUCCAAAAGACACCGGAAGGAAAACAAGUUAGCAGAUUUCAUGUCAUUCUCAUGUCUAUAUUUGUCCUAGUAGUGGUCUUACUCACUGACAAUGUGGGACUUAACUAUCAGUAUGGUCCCUUUUUAUUCGGUUUGCUUGUGCCAGAUGGACCACCACUGGGGGCUACGCUAGUGGACAGGUUGGAGACUUUGGUAUCAGGAUUACUGGCACCACUUUUGGUGACGUAUUGUGGGAUGAAUGUAAAUUUAGUUGAACUAUAUGAUCUGAGAUUCAUUGGUACAGUAUGGAUGGUCAUUGGCAUGUGUUUGGUAUUGAAGCUGGUCGCAAUCUUUGUUCCAGCAGUAAUUUGCAGAGUACCCCUUAGAGAUGCUGCUGCUCUUGCAUUCACCAUGAGUGCUCAAGGAGUUGUUCAGAUGUCCUUUUAUUACUACAAUGCUGUGAAUCAGACAUUUGACGGGGAAACUUUUUCGAUGCUGACUAUGUCGGUUCUAAUACAAGCUGCGGCUGCUAAUGUAAUCGUGAAAGCGCUAUAUGAUUAUUCAAGAAUGUAUACCGGCUAUCAGAAAAGAGACAUUCAGCAUACUGCAUUCCACUCUGAGCUGCGUGUUCUUUCAUGCGGACAUCGAGUAGAUGAUGUAUUAGCCGUCAGAAAAAUACUUGAAGCUUCUUUUCCCAGUAGAGAAAGUCCACUUGCGGUCUAUGCUCUGCAUCUGGUGGAGCUUGCUGGUCGUGCUCAUCCUCAACUGAUUGAUCACCAGUUAGGCCAAAAGUCAUCAGGUGGCACUCGGACACAAAAAAUGAUUGAGGUUCUGUCCUCGUUCGAACAGCAGUACGCAGGAGUCGUCACUGUGCAGCAAUUCACAGCCAUGUCCCUAACAAAGUUCAUGCACCACGAUAUCUGCACAGUCGCCUUCAACAAAUUGGCGUCCUUGAUUAUUCUUCCAUUUCACCGAAAGUGGAACCACCAGGGAAAAAUGAUACUCGACAGUGGCAGCUUGAGAGCAAUCAACAGCGAUGUAUUGGAAAUGGCCCCUUGUUCCGUCUCCAUUCUCAUCGACCGUCACAAAGUACGUCGUAAUCCUUCCGCUACAUACAACGUGGGAGUUGCUUUCUUCGGAGGAAUGGACGACCGUGAGGCGUUAGCUUACGCAAGACGCAUGGCGCAGUCCCCAGAUGUGCACUUGACAGUGGUCCGGUUCGUUCCAUGGGAUAUAUACGCUGGCGACAGCCAAUGGGAUGCGGUGCUUGAUGCAGAGAUAUUGAAGGAGACAAGGAUGCAAGGGACACACCAGGAUAAUAUAGUGUACAAAGAGGAGAGAGUAAAAGACGGGGCCGAAACGGCUCUGCUCAUUCAUGCCAUGGAAGAAGCAUUUGAUCUGAUCAUGGUGGGACGACGGCAUAAGGACGACACGCCGCAGUUGUUGGGCCUGAGUGAAUGGAAUGAUAUUCCUGAGCUUGGUCCAGUGGGAGACAUGCUUGCUGCUCCUGAUCUUAGUACGCCUAUCUCUGCCUUGGUGGUGCAACACCAAAAUGUUAAGGGUAUUUAAACUACUUAGAAGCCCAACCAAAUUUCUUGCUGUGAUUCCUACCUUUUUUUCAUUUUCAAUAUUGUAUUA